ACACACAUUUCACCGCUGUUUACGGCUAAAUGUCAAAGCCUUUACGUCUAUCAGCUGUUGACAGCGUAUCUGUCAAACCGUUCAGUUCUCAUACACUUUUAAGCACAACCGAGACAGUGAAAAGGCGCGAAUACGAUUCAGUUUUGACAGCAAAGUAGUAAGCAAUGCUAAGUUAGCAUCGGAGCACAACAAAGAACCGGUUGGUGAAGUUUAUUUUCACAAAUGAUGAAAUCAUAACGCUGUUCUUAGAUAGCACAAAUGAACAAAUCAACAUGGACACAUACUUAAAAGAGCACUACUACGAUCAAAUCAUAAAUUUGCUGAAUGAACCGAACGAUCGAACGCAUGCAUCGCUACAAGUUGACUUGAGUUUGCUACAGCAACACAAUUUCAACUGGUUGCAAGCAAUUUUGUUGUGCGUUUACGAUGAACAACCGAAAUGGAAUGCUGCAUUGUUUACAGCACAACGGUCAAUUGCAUCCGAACAGGAGGCUUUUCUAGAGGAAGGCUAUCAAAUUAAAUCGGUUUGUCAUGUACGAUUCAUCCAUUUGCCAGCAUCCGAUCGACGAUUCAAACUCCCAUUCCCGAAUAAUGAUCAAGUUGGACUGUUUCGAGAUGUCAAAGGAACGGUGGUGCGAAUGUCGCAAGUCAAAUUGCUUGAAAUAAAACGUGAUUUUAUUUGUUCGAAAUGUGGAACGUUGAUUGAAAUUGAAGCCGACUACACGCUCAUGUAUCGGUUUGAUGUACCGAAAAAUUGUACAAAAUCCGAUUGCAAAGGGAAUAUACAUCAAAAAGAUUCAGAGCCGAAUCCAAAGAAUUGCGUCAACUAUCAAGAAUUGAAAAUUCAGGAGGCGCUCAGCGAAAAGAAUAUACCGCCAACUUUGGUCGUAACACUCGAUGCAGAUUUGGUUGAUUGCUGUCAGCCCGGUGAUUGUGUUACGAUUUGUGGAACAGUGGAGCGUCGAUGGAUAUCUUUCAAUGAAACAAAAACGGAAGCCAUGAUUUCAAUGCGUGCGGUUAGUUUGGUUCGAGAACAGAAUAACUUGACCGUCGAGGACAGUUCUCUGUCGGAACAAAUGAUGACAAUCAAAGCGGACUGGUUGGAACAUUUGAACAAGCACGGUGAGCUCGGAAUGCGAGAUAUUAUUCUGAAAUCGAUUUGCCCGGAUGUAUACGGAAUGUAUCCAGUGAAACUAGCACUUGUCUUGGCUAUAUGCAGUGGAAAUGAGAUCAGCGGCAACAAAUCGUAUGAUGGAUUGCAUCAAAGAGGUCAAUCGCAUGUAUUGAUGGUUGGUGAUCCCGGUUUGGCCAAGUCCAAGCUACUGCUAAGCGCAGUUUCAAUCGCACCAAGAGCCGUACAUACAACGGGAAUGGGAUGUUCGUCCGCUGGUUUGACUGCAGCUGCCAUUAAGGAAGACGGUGAGUGGGUGCUUGAGGCUGGAGCCCUAGUGCUGGCCGACGGUGGCAUUUGCUGCAUUGAUGAAUUCAAUUUGAUCAGAGAUUCAGAUCGGUCUUCUAUUCACGAGGCGAUGGAGCAGCAAACCAUCAGUAUGGCGAAGGCGGGCAUCGUGUGCAAGUUGAAUACACGUUGCGCCAUUUUGGCUGCGGCCAAUCCGAAAAAUUUACACGCUAUGAGCGAACCAGAAGGCACCAGUUCAAUAAACAUUGGCAUCGCUACACCUUUGUUGAGCAGAUUCGAUUUGGUGUUCAUAUUGAAAGACGAACGGAUCCCCGAAUGGGACGAUGCCAUCGCUGAUCAUUUGCUCGCUCAAGUGACGACCGGCUUUCAAGAACUCAUCGUUCAGCAGGAUGCAGAACUUUGGAAUGCUCAAAAGUUGCAGACACACUUUGCUGCCGUGUGUCAAGUUCAACCCAAAAUGACACCGAUUGCAAGCGCCAUCUUGGGUGCAUAUUAUCGGAAAUGCCGUUCAGAUCAAAAUCGCGAUCAAGGCAGAACAACCGUUCGUUUGCUCGACAGUUUGAAUCGUUUGGCUGAGGCACAUGCUCGGAUUUUGUUUCGUGAGGAAGUGACUGUGAUUGAUGCGAUAGUAACAAUUCGUUUGAUGGAAUCAACAUUCGGUUUUGGACGAAUUGUAAAGCCAUAUGAUGUGAUUAAAGAACCGCUGCCACUUGGCCCAGAAGCCGAUGAAAUUAAAUGCAUAUUGGAGAUAUUGGAAAUAGAUGACCAAUCAUUCUCUAAAGAAGAUGUGAAGAACCCCACUCAAAAAUCUACUGGUCAAGACAGUGGAAUUUCGUCACAAAAAGUUUCAAAGCCAAUUCAAUCCACCCAGACUACACUUCAACCUAUCCAAAAUACACUUCAAUCCACCCAGAAUACUCUCAGUCAACCAAAUUCCAGUCAGAAUCAACAUGUUCAAGAGAACAAAACGCAAAAUCAGACUCAAAAGCCCACAACUCAAACUGUGGCCAAAUCAAAUACGCCAAGCUUACGAACGUUGUCACAAUCGCAGCGACUAAGACUGCCUGGUGGUUCAUCUCAACUUAAACAGUCAAAACCUCAAAAUACUCAAGCAUCAAAUUUUCAAGCCGUUGUCGAUAUGAAUCCUGACGAAUUGGAUGAAUUGCUUUCGUUUGAUGUGAAACCAGCAAAAACGCAAGAAAAGUGUCAACCAACGACAUCAACUCAGAGGGAAGACAACAAUCAACAUGCUAUGUCGGAUGAUGCGGACAUACUUCUAUCGCAGGCAUUGGAUGACCUUGAAAAUUCUUCAAUUGGCGAACCAAAGUCAAAAAUGCCAAGGCUUGAAUUCAAGCCACUAGCCCGACGAACGUUGAGUUUGGGCCGAUUCAAAUGUGCCAUUUCUAAAAGCAAACAAAGUGCGAGUCCAUCUGGCGAAUCAUCAACAUCUGUUGCCUCUAUACCAUCUCAGCAUCAAUUUCAAACGCUGAACGAAUCGGUAAAAAAUCGAAUCCUUUGCACUCCAAGUGACGAUGAAAACUCUCAAAAUGCGCCAUUGAACCGAAAAUUGCCUACCAAAACGUUGAACCUGUUGAACAAAUUCAGAUUCAAAGAGAAUCUCAACAAAAACCAACCACUACAACAGCAAAAUGUUCAGCAACACAAAUCUGAUGGAUCGCAACCCGAAAAUGAUAGUGCAUACGAUACAAUGUCCUUUGACUCGAGUGCGUCAAGCACUGUUUCGGCUUCAUGCAGAAAGACGGGAAAGACACCAGUCUUAUUUGCGCCAAGUGGCGAAACGCAAAACAAAAUGGACGAAGAUGACCUUAGCUUCUUAGAUACACUUAAAUUUACAUAGAUCACAUCGCGAUUCUAAUGCAUACAUUCCAAGCGACGCUUAUAUAGCAUAUGAAUAACAUUAUUAUUAUGAAAAAUAUUUUCUAACUUGGAAAUUCUGAGAUAUUAGCAUUUGAGAAAAAGAAAUUAGAUUUAUAUAUAUUGAAGAGCUCUUUUUUUCUGUAAACUUUCAGACACAAAUUCAAAACAAGUUUUGCCACUUUGAUUAGGCAUAAGUGACUAACUAAGAUCGUUUAGACGGACGUUUAGAAUUAAUCUCAUCUUAUAUGAAUAUUUUGUUCAAUUUAACAAAUGCAAUUUAUUAAUAAAACACAUGCAAACUUGAAA